CCAUCUCCUCGUCAUGUCUCUGUCCACUGUUUCUCCCUCUCCCUGUCUCUGCCCAUUCUUAGAGUCUACCUCAGUCUCUCUGGCUCCCCACCCACAUUCCCCCCCCCAAAAUGGAGUCCUGCAGAAACCGUUGGUCAUCAGUGCCUCCUCCCAUUCCCCCACCCCCGCCCCCGUGUUGUUCUGUGUUUCGUUCUCUUUAUCCCUGGCUGUUCUCAGUGACUGUGGGUGGGCAGGAAGUGGGGUGAGGGAGACCAGAUUCUCUUUUCGACACAGAGCCUUUGCUGCCUGUCUCACCUCAGGCCUAAAGGAGGGGAGCAUGUGUGUGGUCAGGAAGACCCUAUCCUACCCAGCCCAUGGCAGCCCGAAGGAGUCUUUGAUCCCCAGCCCCUCCCUCCUUGGGCCAGCCCUUCUAGUGGCAUGAUGCCCAACGCCACUGGGCCAGACGAUCUCAGCGGCAGUGGGUCCUCCCUGCCUCCCACCACAGCCGCCGCCGCUGCCGCCGCCUCCACCUCCAUCAAGCUGGUUCUCUUGGGGGCCAUCAUCUGUAUCAGCUUGGUGGGCAAUGCCCUCCUCUCCCUGCUAGUGCUCAGGGAGCGUGCCCUGCACAAGGCUCCGUACUACUUCCUGCUGGACCUGUGCCUGGCUGAUGGUGUGCGGGCUGCCGUCUGCUUCCCCUUUGUGCUGGCCUCCAUCCGGCAUGGCUCCGCCUGGACCUACAGUGCACUCAGCUGCAAGGUGGUGGCUUUCAUGGCAGUGCUCUUCUGCUUCCAUGCUGCCUUCAUGCUCUUCUGCAUCAGCGUCACCCGCUACAUGGCUGUGGCUCAUCACCGCUUCUAUGCCAAGCGCAUGACCAUCUGGACCAGUGCGGCGGUCAUUUGCAUGGCGUGGACCCUUUCUGUGGCCAUGGCCUUCCCGCCUGUUUUUGACGUGGGCACCUACAAGUUCAUCCGCGAGGAAGACCAAUGCAUCUUUGAACACCGCUACUUCAAGGCCAACGACACGCUGGGUUUCAUGCUCAUGCUGGCUGCCCUCAUGGCCGCCACCCAUGCUGUGUAUGGGAAGCUGCUUCUCUUUGAGUACCGCCACCGCAAGAUGCGCCCUGUCCAGACUGUCCCGGCAGUCAGUCAGAACUGGACGUUUCAUGGGCCUGGCGCCACCGGCCAGGCCGCGGCAAACUGGAUAGCUGGCUUUGGCCGAGGCCCCCUGCCUCCCACGCUGCUGGGCAUCCGGCAGGCAGCUGGAGGUGGGGUGGGCCACGCGGCCAGCCGGCGCCUCCUCGGCAUGGAGGAGUUCCGGGGGGAGAAGGAGCUAGGCCGCAUGUUCUACGCUAUCACUCUGCUGUUUCUGCUGCUCUGGUCUCCUUAUAUUGUGGCCUGCUAUUGGCGGGUUUUUGUGAAGGCCUGUGCCGUGCCUCACCGAUACCUAGCCACUGCCGUAUGGAUGAGCUUUACGCAGGCUGGGGUCAACCCCAUUGUCUGCUUCCUCCUCAACAAGGACCUCAAGAAGUGCCUGAGGACUCAUGCCCCGUGCUGGGGGGCCGGAGGCCCCCAGGCCCCUCGGGAGCCUUACUGUGUUAUGUGAUAGAGGGAGCAUGAAGAAAAGGGAAAAGAGGCUGAGCGAGGGGAAAAGAAGCCCGAAUGGCACAUGAGAAUCGGUGUUGAGGGCAUGGUGGGGAUCCUGGAGGAGGUCCCCAGACUUACCUGAUUCUCUGAGCUCCAUCACAUGGCACUCCUCUGUUACCGGUGGUAUGUGGAGGGGGGGUCCCCAGCAGCCUCUAGGGGAGUAGGGACACACACACACACACACACACACACACACACACACACACACACACCCCAGAUUGUUUUUUUCUUUUUUAAAAACUAGAAACAAAAAAAACGGGGUUUUCUGUCAGUUGUGAAUGUGCUGGGUUUUCACUUACAUUAAUUCCUCUCUCUUGGAUUUGCUGUCUCCAGAGAGAGAUGUUGUUAUGUACUAUAUAAGUUCCCUUCCCCAAACCCAGUAACACUGACUUAGUAAUGAAUGCCCCCCCCAAAGUGGGCAAAGGGAAGGUGACACUCCCUCCAAUGCUAGAGCCCCAUCCAGCGGCACCUCUGCCCCAAACCCCUGCCUCAGGCCUGAGAACCAGGCCCAGGAGGCCAAGGGGGAAGAGGACAAGCGGGCCUCUUGGGGGCCGCCGCCAAGGAUGGUCUUUAGUCUCCAUCAUAUCUCUUCCCACAUUGUGUUCCCACUGGGAAUUCUAAUUUGCCCCCCUGUUGGGGCACGGGGGUGGCUCAGGACCAACACCCCCCACCACCACCACUAGGCUCCCUCCAGUCGCCUCCUUGGGGACAGGCUAGGCAACUCUCCUGCUGUCAUGGGAGGGGACUUAGCUCCCUGGUUCUCCAGGGUCCCUCUGGGAGCCUCAGUGGUCCUUAGACCCCAGCUUGUCCCUGCUGAGGAAUUCUUUCCAUCCUCAGCCUUACUUUUUGCAAGCUGGCCAGCUCCGUCUUUUUUUCCAAGGUGAUACGUGGUCCGUUACAUGGGUGUCCAUGGUCCCAGAACCCUUGUGGAUGUUAUAUCACCUUUUUCUCUCCCUGUUGGGACCUCCUUCUGUCCUCCUCCCAAUCCUCCCUCCUUCUUCACUGACCUGGCUCAGUGUGUCUCAGGGACCCUCCUCCCUUCCCUAAGAACAUACCUCUCUGGAGGUGCCCCAUAGUGGACCUCCUCUCUCACAUGAGCCCUGGAAGCCAACAAGGCUUACAUGGGUGUCAAUGGUCAGGGAUUCCCCUGCAUCAGAGAGUUGACUCUAGACUGUGCAGCCCUCUGGUUCUGAGAAAGAGAGCCCCACCUGCAGGAUGUUAGAGAGGAAGGGGUGGGCUGGGAGGAGGGGAGAGACUCGGAGGGGGAAUUCAGUUGGAGAGGUGAGCUGGGUCUAGGGAAGGUUGCCCGGAGGAGGUCUUGUGUGUGGAUGGGAGAGGAGUCUGAGAGGGCCUGGAGAGCUGGGGGUAUGUAGUAGGGACUGGCUAAGGCCACAGAGAGAAAUGGGGGAGGGGGGGACUUUAAUGCCAAGGGGAAAAGGGUCAACAUUUCGGUCCUGGAGGAGAAGAAAAGGAUGAGAUGCUGAGGCCCAGAGAGUCGCUGGGCUCAGCCUCAUCCAUGAGUUUUCAGGUACGGGAUUUGGCCCUUCACCUCCCCACUCGCAGAUGGGAAGCACAUUGGCUAUAGUGGCCCUGUAUUUGGCCAGCUCCCCCCACUCCCCUUGGCCUCCCCAGUUCUGGGCUUGUUGUUCUCAGCCCUCGCCUGAUAUUCUCUGCAGCUCCUCUCAUCUUCCCUGUGUGGGGGUAUGAGAAGCAAACAGGCAAGCAGUAGAGGGGAAUGGGGACUAGGUAGGCAGCUGGGCUUCAGGCCUUUGGUUUUGGACCAGCCUAGGCUUGGUCCCACCCUGGACCAGUGUGAAGACAUUGUGGUCCAGGGCUAGAGGAGGUAGGGAGUCAGGGCCCUUCAGGGCUGGGCCUGAUGGGAGGAGGGAUGUGGCGAUAGCUACAAUGGGAGGGAUGGGAUGGGAGCUAUCACUGGGCCUGAAGGGAGGGCCCUCGGGCAGGCAGCCGCCCUUUUGGAAGGGCCUUCAUUUUUCUGCCUGUUUUUUUUUUUUUUGUAAACCAAGAUACUGAAGUAAAUAAAAUCUCUCA